GCUGAAAAUAUCCCAGGUGAUCUCAGAAUCUGGAGUUCGCAGAAAAUCCGUGCGGCACAAACGGCGCAGGAACUGAGUGAUCUUGCAGCGCACGUUGAAUUCCUAAAAGUGCUCGAUGAAAUUGAUGCGGGUAUCUGCGAAGGUCUUACGUACGACGAUUUCGAAGAAAGGUAUCCAAAACAAUUUGCCGAUCGCGACAGAGACAAGUAUCACUAUCGUUAUCCAUCGGGAGAAGUAAGCCUACGAAUCUUUCAGCACUGUUUGUACCGAAUCCAUUCAGUCAGUCAUCAGUCUUAUUUUCGUUCGCGUGGGUGUCUGCAAAAUUAUAAAUUCCAUAGAGCAGCGAUCAGCAGGGAUAUGUUUUGCCUUCUCACAUGCUUUAGCUUGUUUGACAUACACCCGCACUCGAUUUACUAUAGCAGUGGGACCAAUCAUUAG